AUGUGCUAUCGAAGUUAUCACAUCUCUAACACCACCUCGAAGCGUUCCGGAGAAAAUUGCGCUAGAAUUCGCAAAAAAGGCGAAAUAAUUAAUAAUUGUAACACCACAAUUACUAGUUAUUAAUAGCGAUUGCAAUUUGCAUUUAAGAGACAGACGCGCGUGUAGAGCAGAGAUCUUGGAGAUUGCAACGGAAGACAGGAAGAAAAGGAGCAGAGAACUAUGUCUGGCAUCGCCAUUACACGGCUGGGGGAGGAGCGCAAGGCCUGGCGCAAGGAUCACCCGUUCGGCUUUGUGGCCCGACCGGCCAAGAACCCGGACGGCACCCUCAACCUGAUGAUCUGGGAGUGCGCCAUUCCCGGCAAGAAGUCGACACCUUGGGAGGGCGGCCUCUACAAGCUGCGCAUGAUCUUCAAGGACGACUAUCCCACUUCGCCGCCAAAGUGCAAGUUCGAGCCGCCAUUGUUCCAUCCCAACGUGUACCCAUCGGGCACCGUGUGCCUGUCGCUGCUCGAUGAGGAGAAGGACUGGCGUCCCGCCAUUACCAUCAAACAGAUUCUGCUGGGCAUUCAGGACCUGCUGAACGAGCCCAAUAUUAAGGAUCCGGCCCAGGCGGAGGCCUACACCAUCUACUGCCAGAACCGGUUGGAGUAUGAGAAGCGUGUGCGUGCCCAGGCCCGUGCCAUGGCGGCCACCGAGUAAUCCAUACCGGCAACUCCCUUACAUAGAAAUAAACACACACACACACCCACAACAAAGUCGAAACAUCUAGAAGAAGGGCGUUUUCGAGAACGCCUUUCGCACCUUUUCACCUUUACAAUAUCGAUUUAAUUGAGAAACAACGCAACACUACACUUAACGACAUAGCAACUGAAUGCGAAAGAGAGAGAGUCUACAAAGUUCCCACAUAAUCCGACACACUCCAUCAUCCCAACCAUGUACACACACGCACACCAAGAGAUUGUGACUACGUGGCGGGCAUUACUCGCCGGGAUCUUGGUGGAGCUAUGGAAUUCCAGCAAAUGAGGCGGAUACAUCUCUUAUAAUUUCUUCUUAAAAUUCACGUUUUGUUGUAUUUAGGUUAAAUACGAUAUAAAUAUGUACUCGUAUCAUUUCAAUAAAAAAUUAAAAAUGUAUUAGUCAUAAAGAUAA